CAAGCGACCUGAUUCGGGGCUCAGAGGUUAUAUCUCAGUUUACAAACUAGUUGUCUCCUUUUCCAGAAUUUCCCUCGCCUCUUUUCUGUGGUGUUUGCGGGGACAGAGGGCCGAGAAGAAAGAGGAGUGCCUGGCAGUACAUUUUGCGCACCAACACACACCCCCUCCAAGCCUCACCCCCUGGCCGACCCAGAGCCAACUGACUAGGUAGCUAACCAACCAUCCUAUCUAAGCAACCUAGCUCCUGGUCUUUCAACACCUGGGAAGUGCAAACAGGACCAACAAUCCGUCUUCCUUGCUCUCGUUUUGAGGGUUAUUUCGACUUUCACAUUGUGGAAUCUCCAAGACACCUGUACACAUAGUGUCAUGGACAGUAAACUGCCUCGCUCAGUCAUAAUCGUUUCCAAACCCUCGGGACCGUUUCACCAGCUAUAUAAGGGCCAAGGACAUCUGCCUCAAUCGAAUAUUCACAGCUCAGACUCAACAGCACUUCAAACCACCAUUCUACACUCAAUAUCCCAUAUCAUAAAUCUGAAGAUCUCUUCUUUUCGAAGUCUCAUCAUCCUUCAGCUUCAAACCCAAUCCUCAGCCAUAUUUUGGUGCCAAUCCUCCAUAGUCUACCACGGAAGCAAGCCUCUUUCCGUCAGGUACACAAAGCCACACCCGUCGGGACAAGUGUGACCAAAUACUCACACAAACUUCUCGGAUCACGGCUGUGAACUGCCAGUCAACUCUUGAGUCAACUAGCUCCGGCUGUCUGACAAACCAAUCCUCGCACAACGCCAGUUUGUUGCUAUAUAUUGAAGCACCAAGACAAAGUCUUUGGCUUCAACAACAGACAAAAGCUCUCUUGCAUUCUCUCCAAGGUUCCAACUUGAAAAGCAUCAGCAACCAUGUGCUACUGGAGAACUACCCAGCACUGGACUCAGUGUGGCUGCACUGUUUCUAACCUUGAUCCUCAGCCCGGCACCUCCUGCCGCUGCACGAGCAAUGUCACCGAUCAGGGCUCGACGACGUGGGAAGGCUACUGUGGACGUCCUCAGUGCCCUAACCCUCCUCGGGCGACCUAGUAGCGAUCCUCGAUACCCUCGAAGAAAGGGAGAAAAGUUAUGAGCGGAUUCUUAGAUCUGCAAAAGCUUUGGCUGCCCCGCGCAAGGUGGAAACGCAUGGUGAUCAUGGAGGGGAAUUCUUAUACCUUUUUUGGAUUUGUUUCUGAAUCCAUAGAUGGACCGUGGUAUCCCUGGAGUUGUUUGGCAACAAACUCGGACUCCCAGAACAGCACAGAUGAGAUGGUGAUACAGUCAUUUCCGGCAUUCAGAGGGCAUCAUUGUGGUUUAUUUUCGUCCUGUUCUUGUUUUUUUUCUUCUACUUCUUCUUCCACACUUACCUAUCUACUUUCCUUGAUAGUUUGAAUUGCAUCUUUACUUUAUCUCACA